AUGCAGCAGCAGUUGCUACAGUAUCUCUUAAUUGUAUUGGUUGGUGGCGAUGGUACUUACUAUGAGGUGUUGAAUGGCCUACUGUUCCGAGCGCAAGCUGAUGCCAAGUAUAAUUUGGAUUGUCCUGGCUGUGACUGGAUGCCAAGUCCCCUACCCGUUGGCAUAAUACCUUGUGGAAGUGGCAAUGGGAUCGCCAGCACUUUGGUCAGUCUCGAUCCAGUUACAGCUGCCCUGGCCGUCAUCAUUGGCAAGAAGCGUGAGAUGACUACAUACACAGUGCACCAGAAUUCCGGUAAAUUCUUGACGUUUGGUGGUCUUUUGAUUGGUUACGGCUUUUUCAGCGAUAUUAUUUACAAAGCUGAGAAUAGACGUACCCUGGGGAUCUUCAGGUACCCAAUUUACAUGUUGUGGGGAUUAUUCAAUAUGCGAAAGUUUAAAAUUGAUAUAGAAUAUGAAGUCCCCAAGGAGAUUUCGACAGAGCCGAGUGAAGGUGGAGCUUCAACUGUGAUAAAAGGCGGCGGAGAUUCCAGCGUGCAACGAAAAGAAGGCGGAGCUUUGACUGUGGAAAAGGAAGGUGGAUCUUUGACUGAGCAAAAGGGAGGCAAAGAUUGUGCAUCAGAUGUCAACUUUGGCAGCAAACCAGAAAAUAUCAGUCCAGAUAAAGAACCAGCCCAGAGGAAGGUUACAGCUGAGAUCAACUGGAGCAAUGACGGCGAGUCAAAUCUAACCGUCAAAGGCGAGGAGUUUAUGUCAAGUGAGAAUAACGCUGAAGACCAAAAUGGAAACGUCUCGGAUGGUGAAAGUAAAACUGGUGAUAACGAGGCUGGCCAAAGUGUGGGUGUUAGUAACUGUCCAAAGGGGUCAGUUACUGAUGGUGCUGCGCCUGAUAACAUUCCCAAAGGGCCAGUUGCUACAGGUGAAAUUGAUGUCGCUGAUUAUACCAAUGGUGCAGCUGCUGCUGCUGCUGUCUCAGGUGCGGAUCGUAAAGAUUGGAAAUAUAUAACAGGCACUUACAUCUCAUUCGGCACUUUCCUCCAUCUUUUUGACUUGAACAAACCCAAAACAGAAGCUGUAGAAGUUUUCUUGUGCAAUGCAAUUAGUGACUUGAAAAACAUGUUUAAGAUAUUCCUAGGUUCCACCAAGGUCACUGUUGCUAAAACAUUUAAAACAAAGCGUAUGCUGCUAGAGCUCCCAGCAAUCGAUAAGAAUAAUGAAAUGGAACUGGCAUUGAACUGUGACGGUGACUACAUCAUCUUGGAAACCCCAAUUGCCAUACAGAUCUGGUGAGUUGCUGAAGAUUUU